AUGCGCAAAUGUCACAACAAAUCUCUGGUAUCAAAACACGUGCGCCGCAUUUCGCUACAAUAUUUCGAAAUUGUACAAGAAAAACCGGACAAAAUGAAUACUAAAGUGAAACUAAAAGAAGUGUACGAGGUCAAACAGCAGUACAAAGCGUUCUACACCGGCGGUACGAUCGUAUGGAAGCCGGAUGCACAGCAAUUCCUCUGCCUAAACAAUGGAACCAUCAGCAUCGUAUCGGUCGACAACCUGCACGAACCGGUCGCACUGGGCGAGCAGGAGACGGACGGUGAAAUAGCGGAAGAUGUUAUCUACACGUUCGCCGUCAGCAACACGGGCAACAGCAUCGUUUCCGGCCACCGGUCCGGGCUGCUCAAGCUGUGGGACGGUGAAAAGCACACGGUACAGAAGAUGUGGAAAACCGUUCACCAGGGACCGAUCUCGCGGCUGGUGUUCAGUCCGACCGACAGUGUGAUCGCGAGCGGUGGGUCCGACUCGACGAUACGCUUAUGGGACCCAACGGAGCAGGUGUGCCUGGGUACGCUGCGCGGCGCGGAAGGAUUGAUCAACGUUAUCGUGUUCCAUCCGGACGCUGACAGCAAGAUCGUGGUGGCGGUCGGUGACGAUACGAAAAUACGCGCCUGGGACUACGAAUCGCGCAAGCAGGUCAAAACGUUCGAGGGGCACUUUUCGCGCGUGACGGGUGUGUCGUUUUCCGAGGACCGAACACACCUCGUCUCGGCGGGGCGGGACAAAAUUCUCAUCCUGUGGAACUUUGAGUCGCAGCAGGGAGUGAAAACGAUUCCCGUGUACGAAACGCUCGAAUCGGUGGUGGUGCUCCCUGCCGGAUUGCGCGUUGGUGGCAUCAAGCUGAAGAAGGGCAAAGUUUACGCGGCGUGCGGUGGCGAGGAGGGACUGAUAAAGGUGUGGGAAAUGACGGGCGCAAAGAUAAUCUUCAAACAGUCGAACAGUCUCGUGGCGAAAGCGGCGGAAGAGGGUGGGCUGGCUAUUACGCACCUGUUCUACAGUGAGCCGCACGGUCGGAUGGCGGUCGUGUCGGCCGACCACAACAUUCUGGUGCACGAUUGCGAAAGCUUCAACUACGUGCACCAGCUGUCUGGGUUUAGCGACGAAAUACUGGACCUGAUUCUGUUCGGCAAGCGCGACCAGCACAUCGCCAUGGCAACGAACAGCAGCGACUUUAAGGUGUACGACGUGAGCACGAUGAACUGCCGGCUGGUGAAGGGCCACACGGACAUUGUGCUGUCGCUGUGUGCAAACGAUCGGUAUUUGCUUUCCUCCUCCAAGGACAACUCGAUCCGCCUGUGGAGCUUUACCGAGGAACCGUUCACGAUCAGCUGCGUUGCGAUCGGGCUGAAGCACACGAACACGGUCGGGUGCGUGACGCUGAGCAGGCAGGGCGGUAAUUUCUGUGCCAGCGUCAGUCAGGACCGUUGCCUGAAGACGUGGAAAAUACCGAAAAAGUUCACCACCGAAGAGGACGGCGAGCUGCCGCGGCUGCAGUGCAGCCUGACCGCAUUGGCCCACGAGAAGGACAUUAACUGUGUGACCAUUUCGCCGAACGAUCGGCUGAUAGCGACGGCUUCGCAGGACAAAACGGCCAAACUGUGGGACGCGAGCGAUCUGAGCGUGGUGGGCGUGUUCCGCGGCCAUACGCGCGGCAUCUGGGCGGUACGGUUUUCCCCGGUCGAUCAGAUACUACUCACCAAUGCGGCCGACUGCACCAUCAAGCUGUGGUCGCUGGAGGACAUGACCUGCCUGAAAACGCUCGAAGGGCACGACAGCUCGGUGCUGCGCGUCGAGUUUCUCACCAACGGUAUGCAGCUGCUGUCGGCGGGUGCGGACGGGCUAGUAAAGCUGUGGUCAAUCAAAACCUCCGACUGUGUGCAAACGCUAGACAAGCACGAUAACCGCGUCUGGGCGCUGUGUGUGACGCGGGAUGAGAGUGUGUUCUACAGCGGUGGCUCCGACUCGCAGCUCAUCCAGUGGCAGGAUGUUACGGAAAGCAAACGUCAGCAGGAGCUGGACCAGCGCAAGGACACGCUGCUACAGGAGCAGGAGCUGAGCAAUCUGUUGAGCGAGCGGAAGCUGCUGAAGGCGCUGCGCCUGUCGCUCAACCUCGACCGGCCGCUCAGCACGCUGAAGAUCGUUAACGAGGUGAUCCGAACGAAGGAGCAAGGCCUGGAGGACACUGUGCGCAAGCUGUCGAACGAUCACAAAGAGCGACUGCUCCGGCACGCGAUCGAGUGGAACACAAACAGCAAAAAUUGCCGGCCGGCUCAGCUGGCGCUGAACGUGCUGCUGCAGGAGACGCUGGCGGGCCGGUUUCAGGUAAGCGAGCUGAACAAACACCUCGAAGCGUCACUUCCGUACACGGAGCGGCACUUUAAGCGACUCACCGAGUACGUAAAGGACCUAAAGUUUGUCGAGUAUUCGCUGCGCUGCAUGCAGCCACACGCGGCUAGGAUGGAUUAAACGUGCACCGAAACAGCGGGUAAAUAAGAAAACAAGAAAUGAACCAUCAAUAAAGAAAAGCGCUAUUCGAAAGAUGGGCGCAUUUUAAACCAUUAA